GAAGUAAGUCUUGUGCCAUGGCUGAUGAAAUAGCUAGGGCCCAAACAGCCCAAGCUGGCGGCGACACUAUAUUUGGGAAAAUCAUUCGUAAAGAGAUUCCUGCCAAUAUAUUCUAUGAGGAUGACCAGUGCAUAGCCUUCCACGAUGUUGCCCCUCAGGCUCCCACUCAUUUUCUGGUGGUCCCGAGGAAAGCCAUAGCCCAAAUCUCAAAAGCAGAGGAUGUUGAUGCUGCACUGCUGGGUCACAUGAUGAUUGUGGCCAAGAAGUGCGCCGACAAGGUGGGACUCACCAAAGGCUACCGGCUGGUGCUGAACGAGGGGCCUGAUGGCGGCCAGUCUGUCUACCACGUCCACAUCCACGUCAUGGGUGGCCGCCAGAUGGGCUGGCCUCCAGGCUAAGCUGUGUGACACCACUGCCGUGUGACACCAAUGCCCUUCUCCCCUCCCCUCUCUGCUGUCCGUGAUUUUGACGCACAUGUCCAGUAUCAGUAUCCACACCAAGCGUGUUUGUGUUGGUUGUUUUAUCACGUCUGACUGAAUUUACAGCCAUCUAGACAAAUAAAAGCACUAGGUUUCAAAUCAA